GUGGCCUCGUCAUCUGCACUACACCAACGGGCAGUCACGGCCCCGAUUAGUAGCUGGGGAGAUGCCCCGUUUGAUCUGCAAGCUCAUCUGCGACACGAGACCGCUCCUGGAAAUACUAACGCAGGGAGCGCUGAUUCGGUUGCUGAUAACAUCGGACCGAGUUCUGGUCCCGCAACUGGAAUUGAAUCUUUAGCAAUCACGAAGAACAAAGAGGUCACUAGGGUUGUGGGCCAAGAUGUCCCAAAGAGGCAGCGAAGUCCUUACGUCAAGUGGAGCAAGGAGGAGGAUGAUCUACUUGCUCAGGCUGUUGCCAAAUACGGACAGAAAUGGGACUUGGUUCAGAAAGCGUUGCCAUCGAGGGGAUAUCACCAAGUUCGGCAGCGAUGGCUUCGCAAGCUAGGGGUCUUCGACAGCAAGCCAGACUUGUCUUCAUUCCAAACUGGUAGCUUCCCAUCUGCCUCGCGUUUAGGAGAAACGCCAGGAUCACCUGUUACAGCUGAACCUCCUCCAAAUCCGAAGCUAGGACUUGCUCCUUUGAGCAGUGAACUUGCUUUUUCGUCGUUUUUAUCUGGAAGAGCGGAAAGUCGAUCGUUGUAG